GCAUCAUAACAUGAAAAGUGUGUUUGUUUAACGAAGCGUGCGUUAAAUAGUGUGGUUUUUAUUAUAAAUGCUGCAAUAACUGUUUACGUCAUGGAGCAAGAAAAUGAAUCUGCGGAUGUGUCUGUUGUCACUUUAAGAGAUCUAGCAAAACGUCGCGCCGAAUUUGUACGUAAAAAGCAGCUCAUCUUGGAUAAACUGAAAAAUACUAACUUACACAUCCCCCAAAUAUUAACUGAACUGUCUCCAGAGACGCAACUGUCAUGUUUCCCAAAUGCCUCUACAUCCGAAAAUGUUCAUGAUAGCAUUGCAUACUGUGAAACUCUGACUUUAGAUUUUUCUUCGGAUGAUGUAAAUAAUGAUCCCGAUUAUGUUCCAUUAUCCGAAAUAACAAAUUUACAGCCUAUUGCUACUCCAUCUGAGUCUGUUUCUAAUGAAAACGUUGAAUGGUAUGUGGAGAGAGAAAUAGCGCCUGAAGUGGCCAAAGAGUCACGUACAAGAAAAAGAAAGGCUGAUCGAAGUUCGUGGGCAGUGUCAAUUAAUAAGAAAAAUAGAAUGUUAGGAAAAGAGUAAAUGGGCUUAAAAAAAAUUUACAACGUUAUUCAGAAACAAAAAAGACCUAAAAGAGCAAUAGGAACGAAAUGUAAUUCAGCGUUUUGUAAUAAAAGCAAAGUAAUGUUUUGCUCACAAUUAACGGAGGAUUUACAAAAAUCUAUUUUUGAAGAUUUUUGGAGUAAGUCGUGGCA